UUUGUGUUUGGUAUGAAAGUUUUCAGCGAUUCUUCAACUUCACCUGUUUCACAUCGUCAUACGAGAACAAUUUCGGGUUCGAAAUCAGAAGAUCACUUGAUGACUACAGAAAGUGGACGGCGUAUAUAUACAAAAGGACGUCCACCAUGGUAUGAUCGAGAAGGUAAGAUGCUAAAACAACCAUAUAUGAUCGGAAUCUGUGGUGGAUCAGCUUCUGGCAAAACUACAGUCGCUAAACGCAUAAUUGAACGAUUAGAAAUGCCUUGGGUUACAGUUCUUUCCAUGGAUUCGUUUUAUAAGGUGCUAACAGAAGAGCAGCAUUUAUUGGCUUCCAAAAAUGAAUAUAAUUUUGACCACCCGCAAGCUUUUGAUUUCGAUUUAGUGUGUGAAACUGUUGGACGUCUUCGUGAUGGGAAGAAUGUUGAAGUACCAGUUUAUGACUUCACGACUCAUCGACGUGAUAAGCAGCCAAAAUUAAUGUAUGGCGCAGAUGUUCUUAUUUUUGAAGGUAUAUUGGCUUUCUACAACGAAAAGUUGAAUAAUUUGAUGGAUAUGAAGGUAUUUGUCGAUACUGACCCAGAUACACGAUUAGCGCGCAGAUUAGAAAGAGACAUUCAAGAUCGUGGACGGGAUGUCGAAGGCGUUUUAUCCCAAUAUUUGCGCUUUGUAAAGCCGGCAUUUGAUACCUUUAUAGCUCCAGGUAUGAAGAUUGCAGACAUAAUUGUACCGCGAGGUGGCGAAAAUGAAGUCGCAAUCGAUCUCAUUGUGAAACUACUUAAAACUCAACUUGCUGAAAGAGGUUAUGAUGCAACUAAAAAUCCUUAUGUGCAGCGUGCUGGCUUAGUUCAAAAAAAUUUACCGCCGCAGUUUCCUCGAACAUUAAAUGUUGUGCCACAGACAGUUCAAGUUAUUGGUUUACAUACUAUCAUACGUAAUCGAAAUACAUCCAGAGAUGAAUUCAAUUUUUAUACAGAUCGACUAAUGCGAAUUCUUGUGGAAAAUGCUAUGAAUUUUAUGCCUUUUAAAAAUGUUACUGUUACGACGUAUGCUGGAAAAAGAAGCACAGCACAAAUUUGUGGCGUAUCAAUUAUGCGUGCAGGAGAAACAAUGGAACAGGCAUUAAGAGCUGUUGUAAAAGAUUGCAAAGUUGGCAAGAUUUUGAUACAAACGAAUGAAAGAACGUUGGAACCAGAAUUGUUUUAUUUACGUCUUCCAAAAAAUAUUCAUCAGUACAAAGUUUUAUUAAUGGAUGCCACUGUUGCCACAGGUGCGGCUGCAAUGAUGGCAAUUCGCGUGCUCUUAGAUCAUGAUGUACUUGAAGAGAACAUCGUUCUUUUAUCACUUCUUAUGGCUGGAACUGGUGUACAUUCGUUGGCAUACGCUUUUCCCAAAGUAACGUUGCUAACAACUGCAGUUGAUCCAGACGUCAAUGAGCUGUACUACGUCAUUCCAGGAAUGGGUAAUUUUGGAGAUCGUUAUUAUGGUACUGAAGCAAGAGUGACAUAUGAACACUGCUAG